UGCACAGUCGUCAUCACACACGGUACACACAACAGGCGUGCUCUUUGAUAGAAGCAACCACCAGCUUGUACACACCAGGACUCCCCAUCAUCAUCACCUGCUGUCCCCAGUGAGAUAUACAAGCAGCAUGGACCUUUAGAACCUGCAGCAAAUUGUGUCCUCUAAACAAAACAUUUAAUCUUUACUCACCUUGAUUGUUCUGCAACGAAAGUGACAGUGGCUCUCAAAACCAACACAGAAGACUGUAUACCCAUAUUCAAACCUUUGUUAAAACUGUCUCAUUGCUUCAGAUGCCUAAAAAUAGCAAGGUAGUUAAGAGAGAGCUGGAUGAUGAUGUUGUGGAAUCUGUUAAGGACCUCCUUUCCAAUGAGGAUUCCUGUGAUGACAGCUUUAAAAAGAGUGAGUUGAUGGUUAAUGAUGACAUAGAUAAGGAUAGAGAUCUUGAAGAUGGAUCUGACAUUGAGGAUGAAAGACCUGCGUGGAACAGCAAACUUCAGUAUAUUCUUGCCCAAGUUGGAUUUUCUGUUGGUUUGGGAAAUGUAUGGAGAUUCCCAUACUUAUGCCAGAAAAAUGGUGGAGGUGCCUAUUUAGUGCCAUAUCUAAUACUACUCCUGGUGAUUGGGAUUCCACUCUUCUUUCUGGAACUUUCUGUUGGACAGAGAAUACGGAGAGGUAGCAUUGGAGUCUGGAACUACAUUAGCCCCAAAAUGGGAGGAAUUGGAUUUGCAAGUUGUAUUGUAUGCUUGUUUGUGGCACUUUACUACAAUGUCAUUAUUGGAUGGAGUUUAUUUUACUUCUCUCAGUCGUUUCAGCAUCCAUUGCCGUGGGAUCAGUGCCCUUUGGUGAAAAAUGCUACUAAUACUUUUGUGGAACCUGAAUGUGAAAAAAGCUCAGCAACUACAUAUUACUGGUAUAGAGAAGCUUUGAAUAUCUCAAACUCAAUUACAGAAGGUGGAGGACUUAAUUGGAAGAUGACUCUUUGUUUACUUGCUGCCUGGAUUUUAGUCUGUCUUGCUAUGAUCAAAGGCAUUCAGUCUUCUGGGAAAGUGAUGUACUUCAGUUCUCUAUUUCCAUAUGUCGUCCUUACAUGUUUUCUUGUGAGAGCUUUAUUACUAAAUGGCUCUGUCGAUGGGAUCCGGCACAUGUUCACACCAAAGCUUGAGAUCAUGCUGGAGCCCAAGGUAUGGAGAGAAGCUGCCACCCAGGUGUUCUUUGCAUUGGGAUUGGGAUUUGGAGGAGUCAUCGCUUUUUCAAGCUACAACAAACGAGAUAACAACUGUCAUUUUGAUGCUGUCUUGGUGUCAUUAAUCAACUUUUUCACCUCCGUCUUGGCUACGUUGGUAGUGUUUGCAGUAUUGGGAUUUAAAGCAAAUAUUAUGAAUGAGAGCUGCAUAACUCAGAACACUGGGAAGAUUGUUAAACUUUUGGAAUUAGGUAAUGUGAGCAGAGAUAUAAUCCCCCAUCAUAUCAAUUUCACAAGAAUCACAGCAAUGGACUACCAGCUAGUGUACGAUAUCAUCAAGAAGGUAAAAGAAGAAGAAUUUGAUCAACUUGGACUCUCCGCUUGCCAGAUUGAAGAUGAACUUAACAAAUCUGUCCAAGGGACUGGUCUGGCUUUCAUUGCUUUCACAGAAGCUAUGACACAUUUCCCCGCUGCACCUUUUUGGUCAGUGAUGUUCUUUCUCAUGUUGGUAAAUUUGGGCCUUGGAAGUAUGUUUGGAACCAUCGAAGGAAUUACCACCCCUAUUGUUGAUACGUUUAAAGUGCGGAAAGAAUAUCUUACCGUUGGAUGUUGUCUUAUGGCAUUCUGUAUUGGCUUACUCUUUGUACAGCGCUCAGGAAACUACUUUGUUACCAUGUUUGAUGAUUAUUCAGCCACAUUACCUCUUCUCGUCAUUGUUAUUUUAGAAAAUGUUACUAUUGCCUGGAUAUAUGGGAUAGACAAGUUCAUGGAUGAUUUAAAAGAUAUGCUUGGAUUUACACCUUACAAAUACUAUUACUAUAUGUGGAAGUAUGUCUCUCCACUUUUGUUAAGUAUUUUGCUUAUAGCAAGUGUGGUUCAAAUGGGAUUCACUCCGCCAGGUUACUAUGCAUGGAUUGCGGAAAAAGCCAGUGAAGAACGUCUUAGUUAUCCACCAUGGGGUCUUGCCGUCUGCAUAUCACUUAUAAUAUUUGCAUUAUUGCCAGUACCCUUAGUUUUUAUUGUCCGUUAUUUCAACCUCAUCGAUCAGAGCAGUGGCAGUUUGGCUUCAGUGUCUUAUAAGAGAGGUCGGAUCAUCAAGGAAAUUUCCAAUCCAGAAGAAGAUGACGCCAGUUUAAUCCAUGAUAAGAUCCAGAGUGAGAUGCCUUCUCCUAACAUUGGGAAUAGUAUUUACAGAAAGCAAAGUGGAUCUCCAACGUUAAAAGUGGACACAGCUCCCAAUGGACGUUAUGGCAUUGGGUAUUUAAUGGCAGACAUGCCAGACAUGCCUGAAUCAGACUUGUAGCUGAAUCUACACAAACAAACCACAAAAAUGACAGAAAGAAUACAGUCUUAUUUUUCUUCUAUUUGGCACUGCACAUUGGCUCUUCUUAUAUGAAGAGUCUGGCUUUAAUGCUUGAGAAGCAAUGACAGCUGUUCUGUGUUCUCAAGACUGAGAACUUGUUUGAUAGAGAGAGGUAUACCAUGGUCUGUUACCAGAAGGCCUUAGAUGUUUGUCUUCUGAAUGUGGCUUUUGCCCCUAGCACUUUCUAGGACCUCAUAUACUGUAUGUGUCUUACCUCUCUGUGCCUACAUUUGUCCCAAGAUAAAGAGGCAAAUAAACUCAUAUAAUUUCUCUUUACAAAUAUAUUCCAUCAAAUACAAUAUUUGUUACUAAAUGAACACUGUAUGAAUGCAAUGUAACAGGGAUGAAUACACAGUAUAUAUAUAUAUAUACUUGUAUGUAGAAAAAGAUAAAGAAGGUUAAAAUCUCAAGUACUGCUAUUAUGAGUCCAUAAGUAUCUUUAAGCCAUAGAACUAUUGUUAGUUGGUUUCCGAGCUAAAGGCCUUCUGAUAUAUCAAACAGAUAUUAUUUUAAACAGACAAUAUCGUCUAUGGUACUUCUACUGUGUCAGUUGAAGCUCAGGGCUUUAUUUUCUCAUCAGUUGAACACAUACCCAAAUGAUUAAAGAAAAACUCAAUUUAAUGUAGUACAUUUUAGUUAAUUAAGUAAUUGCUUUACAUAUUUUAUUAGUAUUUCUUGAUAUAACUAAAUAUUUUAGAACUCAAGGGUAAACAUUUUAAAUUCGGCUUUUCAGGAUUUGAUCAUCCUAAGCUCAACAGCAUUUCUAACAAUUGAAUGGUUCUCUCUUUUUUCAAACAGAGCAGCUCUAACAUGUGUCAGUAUUAGCAAAAGAGUUGACUGUUAAGAGUAUACUCACAAACCCCUAAAAGCUUUUCUACUCCAAGAUGACUGAAUGGCAGUCAUAAGCCAAAAGCCACUUAUAUGCAGUUCUAUAUUGGAAUUUGUUUUCAUGUAAAACCAAACAGGUUCUUCUGAUAUCUGGUCUCUAAUGUCCUUGAAGCAAAUGUUUAGCUGAAGGCCAGUUUUGAAUUAUUUGUAUAUUCCUAAAGCACUUAGUGUUAUGAGACAAUGUUCUACUAGGGUCGUAAAUGUAUGAUUAUGAUGCAAGACAGGAUAUCUGUUGUCUCAAUGCAAAUUCCUUCAUGAUUGAAAGAAUACCUCCAAUUGUCUCCAAAUCAGACCAUUUAUUAGAGCUGUAUCUGUUAUAUGGCAGCCUUGCACUUAAUGUCUAUAAAAGUUGUGUGGCCCCUUCUGGAGCCUGAUCCAGAUAUUUCUAUUCCCCCCACCUGGCUCAGAAUCCACUCAUUUAUAUAAACAGUUGCGUACAAUAUAUGUAAUGUUUGCUAUUUUCUACAUUAACUCCAAUUUAGUUUAAAAAAUGUAAAUAGUUGGAGAAAAAUUACUGUCAUGUGCUCUGUUAAUUUCUCAUAAUACUUGAUUUAGAGGAGGUAUGUCUUACUAUAUAAUAGUGCAAAUAUCUGGAUACAUAUUUUUUCAUUCUGCAGAUUAGACCAUUGCAAAUAAGUGCACUUGCUAACAAGAUCUGCACAAAUAUAAAGAAUGUAAAAAAAUAUAAUUGAUAUUAAUAAUUGCAAAUCGGUGGAUAUUUAAUUUGACUGUGUGUAUAUCUGCAUUGUAAAAGCUAUACAAGAAAGCUCCCUUCAAUUAUACAAUUUCCAGAUAUAUACAAUACUCUCAAC